GAGCCCAGUUUAGUUGUCAUCCACGUUCCGUCGUGUUAUUUUUCUUGCGUCAAAUGCGUCAGGAGAGUGCGUACGCGUGUAUCGUCGACUACGUAAGAGAAUCAAUCGGUCGUCGCGACGCUAUUCGGUGUAUCGUUGAAUAAAAUGCGCGGCGAAAAUGUUGCAAGAGGAAGAUAAAGCUCCGUACGAGAGCGUAUUGGACCUGAAAGGCGAUGAUUUUCAAAAACUCAGCGUUAUACACAAUUUACCAAGCCUCUUAGCUACGGACACGCAAUCAUGUAUGUCCCGUGUGGUACCAAAAAUGCAGCAAUCGCUGCCUACAGCAUCCACAGAGUUUCACCUUGCAGCUUCAUCGACAUUCAAAACGAUAUUAGAGCAGAAACUUGUCAACCAUAACGUCUUUAGUCAAACAUUCCUUCAAAGUAUAUUAAAUUCGCUUGACAGUCGUGAUCCAGUUGUUUGUGAUGCAUGGCUGGAGACCUUACUGGAUGCGAUAGAGUUACUGCCGGUAGAAGUUAUAAGAUCGCAGAUUCUUCCAUUGACUAUAAUCAAAGGACAAUUGUCGCAACCUAUCUACUCCAGGGUAACAUGCAGCAGGUUACUAGGAAAAAUUUGUACAAGAUUUGAUUCUUCUAUGAUACAGAAGGAAGUUCUACCAACGGUACAUUCCCUCUGUCAGGAUGUAAAUAGCGAAGUACGAGCUAGUAUCUGCUUGCAGCUACGUUUUGUUGCCGAAGGCCUUGGUGCUGAGUCUGUAAAACCUGCUUUGUUACCAUCUCUCGUAGAAUUAGCAAGCGACGAAGAAAGCAAUGUAAGAUGCACCUCUGUACAGACAAUAGUGUACUUGCUACCUCAUCUUCAGGAAGAUACAAUAAAAACUACCAUAGUGCCACUUGUUAAAAAAUUAUGCGAAAACGCAAUGAAAUUGGACGAUAAUGUGAUAUGCAUCAUUGCCCAGGAGUUUGGAAAACUCGUACUUGGAUUGGAAAAAUGCUUAAUACCCACGGAAAAGACGUGGUUUCUAAAAUAUUUUCAACAACUUGCACAGAUGGGUAUUGUUUCGAUGAAAAAAGAGUCCAAACCUCACCUUUUGUUUAUAACUAGUAAUCCAGCCGAAGAUGAGAAAUAUAUGGAAUGCAGAAGGUGUUGCGCUUAUAAUUUACCUGCAAUGUUUCUCUUUGUAUCAAAUUCCGCGGAUGAUACAGAUGCAUUACUUAUUACGUUUAACGCAUUGGCGGGCGAUCAUUAUUAUAUGGUCAGAAAAACAGUAGCAGGUGGAAUUCAUGAAGUGGCCAAGGUAUUGGGUCCAAAGAAUGGUCGCAUAAAAUCAGACCUAAUAAAAUUAUUAAAGGAUGACUCUGAAGAAGUUCUACAAGGUUUAGUUCCUCACAUAGGAUUAACGCUUGAUUGUUUAGCCGAAAGUCAAACUAUUGGUGUUGAUAGAAUGGAUUCUACCCUUACGGAAAUAGGCAGAGCGUUAUUGAAAUGCGAAGCAGAAAUAUCAUCUACACACAAUUGGAGAUUAACUGCACUAAUGCAUUCGCAGCUUGAGAUAAUAGCGAAAUAUUUUCCAAGUGAUUUUAUAUACUCAUAUUUUGUGCCAAUGGCUUUUUUCAGAAUAUUACAUGCUAGGCCGAUACCCGUACGCCUUGCUGCGGGAACAUUGUAUCUUUUUCUUUUACGUUACAAUAUGAAAGCUGUUCAACGGAUAGAACUUCGUUGCAAAUUAUACACAGAGUUGGCUAACAGUCCUGACUGUUACGUGAGAAUGAUGUUUGUUCGUAUGAUGGUAGAGGCCAUGGACAUUUUCUCUUCCGCGUAUUUCAAGGAACAUUUUUUUUCCGUUUUAUUGAACUUGGCCGAAGAUCCCGUAGCUAACAUUAGAAUUAAAGUGGUUUCCCUAUUGCCACAAUUGAAAAGUCAGUUAUGGAUGCCGACAGAUAAAAAGUUAUUGACGGCGUUAGAGACUACUAUAGGACAUUUAAUGAACAGCGAGAAGGACAGAGACGUGAUUGCCGUAUUAGCAUCCGUUGUACGAAAAUUGAAUGAAAUAAAGCUUAAAUACGACGGUCAAACGCCAGCAAAUAAACACACGAAGCAAGAUAUAGAGGAUGCUAGGAAGUUAGAAGAAGAGAAGAGGUUAUCAGGACUGGCGACUGGAAAAUCACCACCUGGAGGAGCUGGAAUGAAAAAGGGUACAUGGCGACGAACAUCUGAUAACGGAGGGAAAACAAUGCCGCAGACAACGCCAAAAGAAGGCAGCGGAUCUCCUCGUCACUCGAGUGAAGGAUCGAGAGCGAGAGUUCAACUAACACAUCCUUGGGAAAGACUAGGACAUACUAACACGAAUGCCAGUACGGCCCAUGCUAACUCUGACAAUGGACCGUGCCAUGAUUCUGAUAUGAUGCAAGCGGUGCAACAGAACCGCUCGAUGCCGUUGAUAGUAUGGCCAGACACGUACGAGUGCAACUACGAGGAGGAGAAUAAUAUCCAUUCUUGUCGCUCCGAUUACACUAAAUCCGUCUUCCUAGCGAUCAGGAGAGAGAACCGACGAAAGUCGCAACAGAACUUCCUACUAACACGAGACUAUGCGCGCGAGUUCUCUACUAACAUCGCCAGCAAGGACACUGCCAAUGCGAGAACGCUUUCCAGUGCUCCUAAUCUGGCUAUGCUUAGAGCACUGACCAAAGCGGCUCACUAUAAUUCUUGUUGGCCUUGUAGCUCGAUGCCGGAAAUACCGGUGAUGCUGUCGGAUGACGAAUUUCUCGUGGACGCUGGUAUACGGAUACCCGCACAAUUCUCGCAGAGCAUGUCCAAAAUACCUCACCUGCAAGACUCUGUAUUCACGAAGAGGAGAACCUUGUUCAACUUUGAGCGUUCACGUAGCGUCGGAAUGAACUUCGACAAAGGGAAACCCAAGGGGAACUUGUCCGUCGAAUACGAAGAUUGCAUCAAACGGAGAACCAACGGUGUCGAUCAGUCGAACAACGGUAGAACGUCGAUGGACUGCGAGGACGGUUUGAGAAUGGUGAAGGAGAGUCUGGGCAAAAAGGUCUACUACGUCGGACCUCUGAUGAGGUCAAGAUUCGGAUUCGGCGUGAAUCAGGAAAGGUCGAUGGACGAAAAGAUGAAACGAAAUUCGUUGAUCUUGGACAAGGACAAGCCGAAGGUUCUGCAAACAAAAUGCCCGUUGGAAAGGACUAAACGGCAUUCCGCUAGUUUCGACAAAGGGAAACCCAAGGGGAAGUUGUCCGUCGAAUACGAAAACUGUAUUAAACGAAGAACAAACGGACCUAAUCAGUCUAACAACGGGAGAACAUCGAUCGACUACGAAGACGGCUUGAGAUUGGGGAAAGAGGAUCAACAACAGCUGGAUAGUAAGGAUACGGUGUAUCUUGGGUCUAUGGUGAGAACAAGGUUUGGAUCCAUUAAUCAGGAGAGGUCGAUAGACGAGAAGAUGAAACGAAACUCGUUGGUGUUGGAUAAAGAUAAGCCAAAGCUUAUGCAUACCAAGUGUACGCUAGACAGGACUAAACGACACUCUGCGAAUUUCAGCUUGAAACCGGGGGAUUCGAAGGAGAUGAAGCCUAAUAUGAAAUGCCAUAGCUUAGAAGUGGUCGAUUACGCGCCAAGCGAACGCCUCGGCAGGGCUCUUAGACGGUAUUCGACGUUGGACGUGAAUCAUAAUCAGGGACUUAGCAAAAUACCCGUAAGGAGUUUUGUACCUCGUAGUAGAACCGCUCCAGCCACCAGGGCGUCGAGCCCCGUGCACAUAGAGAAGCUGUGUCGUAUGCCGUUUUGGGAAUCUUAGAGACGGACGAAAUUCGAGACCACGAAUGCACGUUUAACGCAUCCAUGAAAACAGACUAGGGGAAAAGAUUCCUGCGUCCGAUUCAAUCAUUGGAUACAGAAACAGUAUAUUUUGUGGUAUACGUGGCUUCUGUUCCAUUUUAUUUGCUGCACACAAUUUUGGUCGAGAGAUCACCGUGAAUCAUAUCUCUUCCAUUUCUAUCUGUAAAUUCUCUUGUCAAAUUCAAGGUUACAUAUCCUGUGUAGGUUGAGAAUCUCAAUCAUGGUCGAAUAGGGAGUCGCGUUUCCAGUGGUCGAGGAACGUUAGGAUCGCGAUCAAUGAGGACAGUGGCACAUCCAGGGGAGGAGAGGACAUUCCUCUCACUUCAGCUACAAAUAUCCAUCUUUUAACUAUCUCGUCUUUUUUACACGUAGAUGUAGGAAAACGUAAACUGUCAUCGAAUGAAACUUCAACGAAGAACAUUUUUAAGCUGCUAGAUUUUUAACAUAACGGUGAAAAACGUUUUAAAUACAUCCUAAAGGACAUUCAUUAUUACAUAAGAAAAAAGUUGAAUCACUUUUUUCUUUAAUAUCUUGAAAAGUAUCACAUCUUUGUUUAUAUUUAGUUACAACUCCGCUAAAUUUCUGGGUGCGCCACUGAACGAGGAGUGAAAUAAACGCCCCUGCCUCCGUAACUUUAAUUUCAGUGAAACAGAAAAGUAAUCCUGGCAUACGUUUCACUCUAACAGGCGCAAGGGUCUUCCCCGUUUCGGGAAGUUCCGAUUAAAAAUGAAGAGUUGGCUAUCAGGGCCUAGGUUAAAAAAAUGAACAAAAAGAACACCAAGUUAACGUUACGGAGUCGAAGCCAUCGCUAUUCCGUUGCACUAUUAAUCAAGUUCAGCGAUGAAAUAAUAAUUCCAUCUCUCGUCGUAGCGACUGAGAACAGUAAACUUCGCGAACAGUUUCUCAAGAUUUUUCUUUGACGAAUUAACGAGGUAUUCGAAAACUUACGAGGGCUGUUUAGCUAGUUUGUUAUCUCGUGCCUUUUUCACAGAGCCUUCUGCGUUCUUCGUCGCUUCUCGUAGACAGCCUAUAUAUAUAUAUAUAUAUUAUACAUAUGCAUAUAUUCCUAUUCAUACGCGAUGGGUAUGUUUCUCGUUACAUGCUAUUGUUAGGAGAUGUCGAGGCGCGAAGGAAAACUCGAAUGUUUUCGAAGAAAGGGAUAUCGUUGCAUCCAAGUGUACUUUGUAACUGUCCUCGCAAUGAUCGGCAAUAAUCAAUACGUUAUUAAACGUAUUUGUAUUAUCUGACAAGAGAUUGGAAGUGGACGAGACGCGUCGAAUAGUAAAUGGAGAAUGCAUCGAGAGAUUCGUUCCAUCCAGGUUUAAGCGCGCGUGAAAAGUUGCAUCGGCGUCGAAGUCCGUGCGAGCCGAAUGAAACGAGUCCUUCGAAACCAUUUUUGCUCUUAUUUAUUAUUCGCGAUGCAUUUCUAACGCGAUUGUUACGCGUGACAACUGUCGAGCAUUUGUGAUUCGCAUUUCUUUUCCGCAAUUAAAAAAAUGAAAUGUCUCCUUCGAUCGAAAGGAUACACCGCGACAAAUAUUUAAACGAAACAGACACGCAUGCUUGAGUUGCAAGACUGUCGUCGAUGCCCUUAAGAGUAAAGUGAGAAAAAUAACAACAGAAGAUAAGACUAUUUUGCACUUUAUUUUAUAGCUGCAUAUCUGAUACGUAUUGGCCUACGAAGAGAACGAAAAGAAUUAUUCUUACUGUUAAUAGAGUUUAAAGAGCAGUUGUUACUCAUUAAUUGAAUAUAUUCUAAUAGAUGAUUAUAUUAGGGGAUAAAGACGAGAUAAAACGAUGAUAGGGUUACAGUAUUGUAAUAGCCAAUUCUAGGUCUAGUCUCAAAUAGUUGUAAAUGCAGGGGGUAAUUGCGAUGCCUACGAAAGAAGGUGUUCUUUUGAAUCCUCGAUACGUUUUGUAUUUUGCUUUUCCGCGACCCGUCCUUUCGUUUUUAUUUUCGUUUCGAAUUGCGUAAGGUUCUAACGCUUUAGCAGAGACAGAAAUAGUUCUAUCGUCAUUUUAGAACGUAGCAACGUAUCGAACAUUGCAAACAAGUCGACCUAGCAAUAUUUUAGAAGCGUGCAAUAUUUAUGGAUUUUAAUUUAAAACGUCUCGAAUACAUAGUUAUAUCUAGCUUGUACGAUAAUUUUAAUCGAUUUAGGAGCAUUUACGCCAACCGAUUACGUUUUCUAUUCGACAAACCAGAUCCACCAGGAAAGGUAUCAUUUUCGCAACACGUCUUUAGGGAUUCUCGAUUCCCUCGUAAAACGUUAAACGAUUAAUGAAAAAGUAUUAAAAAAGAAUGAACUCUUCACUGUACUGCAGACCGGAGUUCUGUUGUGUCUUAAAUAAGAAAUAUCCGCAAAAAUAUCAUACGUUCUUAACAUGUACAUAUAGAGACUGACCAAGACGAUUUAGAAAGGUGUCUACGCAUGUAUAUCAUAAACAUUGUACAACCGUUGUAUCCGAGACGCGAGAAGAGAUUCGGGAAACGCGUAAACGCAUGAAUACCGACAAACAAAAAAGGGAUUAUAUCGAUGCAACAAUGUGGAGUAACACGUGUAAUAUCUUCGCAAGAGUAUUUUCGUUGAGCUUCAAGAGAUGAUAUAUUUUCAGGUGAUGGGGGGAAAAAAGAAACAAUGAGAGAUAUAAGACGCUUCGAAGCCAAAGAUAUACGAUUUCUAACAGUAUGAAAUUGAACAACGUACAAAGUCUUAAAAGGCAUUACGUA